AUUAGAAGCAGUAGCAUGCACAAGUCAUAACUGAGGAGGAAAAAAGACCAGCGGUUGACGAUGAAACAGAAGUGUCUUGUUGUUCUGGUCUUUGUUGUUCUCUUGGCUUGUGCGGUUGGUUGGGAUGAGGGUAUACCCGGCGGAUGGAACCCCAUCAAGAACAUUAACGAUCCUCACGUGACGGAGAUCGCGAAUUUCGCCGUGACGGAAUACGAUAAGCAAUCCGGUGAGAAGCUAAAGUUGGUGAAGGUUAUCAAAGGCGACCUUCAGGUAGUAGCAGGCCUCAACUACCGCCUCAGCCUCACCGCCAGCGACUCCAACAAUUACCAAGCAAUUGUCUAUGAGAAGGCGUGGGCCCGGGAGCAUUACAGAAACCUUACCUCCUUUACCCCUCUUCAUGCUUAACCUCUUUUGUCUUAUCUUCUCUACUGUAUUAUUUUAACCAAUAAAAAGGUUAAGUGAAUGAGAAUGGCCUCUUUAUCUUAAUUUAUUUUUAUUAA